AUGCACCCGCUGGUUCAUAAGUGGCUGAGGGAACGCCCCGAGAUAUCGAUAUCAGAGCAAUCGCUCUGGUGUCAAGUCGCGGCAACAACUUUAGCAAGGAGUAUUCCUCUGCCCCCGCUUGGAGAGACGGAGAUUGAGAGGCAAAUGAGACGCGAGCUCCUUCCCCAUGCUCUUCACAUUCGCGAACGCCGAGAGGAGAUUAGGGGGGUUUUGAUAGAAUAUCGCGAUCCUAGGAAGUCAAGUUGGAGGAAAGCAGAUGGUGAUUUCAGUAGAGUACAAGCUGACGAGUCAGGACGCUUAAGCCGCAUGUACUACGAUUGCGGUUUGUACCGAGAGGCUAAGGAACUUCAAUCAAAAACAAGAGAGUGGAUUAUCCAGCAGCUUGGUGAGGAUCACCAGUUCUCUAUCAGACUCACUCUAUUUCUUUCAGAAACCCUCCGAUCAUCGACGAUGAUAGAUGAUGCGACCAAGUUACAGCGCCGUGCUCGUCAGCUUUGCGUGACUUCGUUAGGCGAAGACCACCCAUUGACAUUAGAGGUGACAGAAAUAUUAGGGAUGACGCUUUGUUUCAAGGGUCGAUGGGCAGAAGCUCUUAAAAUACACGAGAAAAAUGUAGAAAGACUUAGCGAGGUGUAUGGACCAAAGCACGAGAAAACGUUAAAAGCAAUUCGGAACUGUGCUGCCGUGGACUAUCGCAAUAUGGAUUACGAGAAAGCUACAGGGCGGCUACAGAUGGCCUGGGAAAGCAUGAAGGAACUUCUAGGUGAGACCGAUGCGGAAACACUGUGGUUCCUUCAGGACCUAGCGACAAGUUAUCUACGAUAUGAUGAUGAGCAUUCCACCAAGGCAUCACCGCAGCAGCUCAUUCAGAGCCACGAUGACUUAAACUUCAUUACCAAACAACGCCGGGAGACCCUAGGGAGGGAACAUCCCUUCACUCUCCUUGCAAUACUACAUUUAGCUCGAUUGAAAUCUUCAUUAGGGAAACACGAAGAAGCAAAAAAAAUCAUGGACGAGAACUUAAAAAUUGCCGUACGAAAUCAUGGAGACGAUCACAUCGCUGUAAUAGCCGCGAAGACACACUAUGCCAACAUCCUCGUAGAGCUAAAUCAAUACGAGGAAGCGGAGCAGAUAUUCGAUUUGGUCACGCAGAAGGCACGAUACAAAUUAUUCACAGAUGAGGAUGGCGACCAUCCGGAUCGGAUUUCUGCAAUGUGGUUCCAGGUCAAAUGUUUAGACAAGCAGGGUAAAUCCGCGGGCGCAUUAAGGCUAUGCGACAGUAUCCUUAUAGCGCUUAGAGAUGUGGGUGGAAAUAGGCUCGGUUUGAAUCACAAGAUUGUUAAGAUGGUAGAGAGGAAGAAAGCCGAGCUAGUUCAACAGAUCAGUCCCGUUAGCUGA